AUGCUUAGCACCGCAGAGCCCCAGCCCGUUCCGUUGGGAACGGCCGCUCAUCUCAGGCCAAGUCCCGGCCCGGCGCCUGUCAAAGCUCCCAAGCGCCAUGUUGACAUCAUCGAUAUCCGCCGCGCCGCCGUCGAGCUCAACCUCAAGGAGGAAAUCCUCUCCAUGUUCCGUCCGGCAGACGGACCCCGCAAGCUCCCUACCUUGCUGCUGUAUGACGAGCGCGGCCUGCAGCUUUUCGAAAAGAUCACCUACCUCGACGAGUACUACCUCACCAACGAUGAGAUCGAGGUCUUGACCCGGUCUGCUGCGGAACUCGUGCAGAAGAUCCCCAAUGGCUCCAUGAUCAUUGAGCUUGGCAGCGGCAACCUCCGGAAGGUGAACUUGCUUCUGCGAGCUCUGGAGAACGCCCAAAAGACCGUCGACUAUUAUGCGCUGGAUCUCUCCAAGCAGGAGCUCGAGCGUACGCUGGCCCAGCUUCCGCAGUACAGCCACGUCAGCUGCCACGGCCUGCUGGGUACUUAUGACGAUGGCCGCGAGUGGCUGAAGAACUCGUCCAACCUGCACCGACAGAAGUGUAUUUUGACUCUCGGCUCAAGCAUUGGAAACUUUCACCGAGACGAGGCUUGUGACUUCCUCAAGGGCUUCGCCGAUGUUCUUCAGCCUGGUGACUCGAUGCUAGUCGGACUUGACUCCUGCGACGGGCCGGCCAAAGUCUACCACGCAUACAACGACCGCGAGGACGUGACGCACCAAUUCAUCCUCAACGGUCUCAUCAACGCAAACAACAUCCUCGGCGAGGAGGCGUUCAAGCUUGAGGACUGGAGGGUUAUCGGCGAGUAUGUGUACGAUGCAGAGGGCGGUCGUCACCAAGCUUUUUACUCGCCUGUUCGCACCACAAGCGUUCUGGGUGAGCUGAUCAAGCCACACGAGCGCAUCCAGGUCGAGCAGAGUCUGAAGUACUCUAGGGAGGAAGCGAACAGGCUCUGGAGCUCUUCCGGCCUGAGGGAGAUUGGCCAUUGGAAGCUGGGCGAUGAAUACGGGCUUCACUUGCUCUCGAGGUGGAACAUGCCAUUCAGUCUGAUCCCAGCCGUCUACGCCGGCUCCGUCCUUCCGACCUUGGAGGACUGGAAGGGUGUAUGGGCCGCCUGGGAUACCGUCACGCGGCAGAUGCUCCCGAAAGAGGAGCUCCUGGACAAGCCCAUCAAGCUCCGCAACGCCUGCAUCUUCUACCUGGGACACAUCCCGACGUUCUUGGACAUCCAGCUGACCAAGACGACCAAGGAGAGCCCGACGGAGCCGGCCUACUUCAGCUCCAUCUUUGAGCGGGGCAUCGACCCGGACGUCGACAACCCGGAGCUGUGCCAUGCCCACUCCGAGAUCCCGGACGAGUGGCCGCCGCUGGACCAGAUCCUGGCCUACCAGGCCGGCGUGCGCGCCCGGCUGGCCGAGCUCUACUCGCGCGGCGCGGAGAAGCUGCCCCGCGACGUCUGCAGGGCCGUCUGGGUCGGCUUCGAGCACGAGCUGAUGCACCUCGAGACGCUGCUGUACAUGAUGCUCCAGAGCGACAAGACGGUGGCCCCGGCGUACACUGCGCGCCCGGACUUUGAGAAGCUUGCCGCCAGGGCGCGCAGGGAGCGCGUCCCCAACUCCUGGUUCGACGUACCGGCCCGGGAGAUCACGGUUGGUCUUGAUGACCCGGAGGAUUCUCAGGAUCCGUCUGUUCACUUUGGAUGGGACAAUGAGAAACCGUCGCGGAGAGUCAAGGUGCACGCCUUCCAAGCCCAAGGCAGGCCGAUCACCAAUGAAGAGUACGGCCUGUACAUGCAAGAGAAGCACAUCACAAAGCUGCCCGCCUCCUGGGCCGAGUCGGACAGCCCGCCCAAGAAGAAGAACGCGCUCUUGCUCAACGGCGGCCACCACAGCGGCACCAACGGCUACCACUCCAACGGUGUGUCGGCGGCCAACGGCCAUAGCAGCGACGGCGAGCCCCUCAGCCCGUCCUUCCUCGAGGACAAGGCGGUGCGCACCGUCUACGGGCUGGUCCCGCUCGGGCUGGCGCUCGACUGGCCCGUCUUCGCGUCGUACGACGAGCUCGCGGGCUGCGCGGCGUGGAUGGGCGGGCGCAUCCCUUCCUUCGAGGAGACGCGCAGCAUCUACGAGCACGUCGACUUCCUCAAGGGCGAGCAGGCCGAGAAGACGCUCGGCAAGACGGUGCCGGCCGUCAACGGACAUCUCUCCAACGACGGCGUAGAGGAGACGCCACCGGACCGCCGCGGCGACGAGGACAGCGGGGUCGACGACGACGACGGCAAGGACCGGCUCUUCCUCGACCUCGAGGGCGCCAACGUCGGCUUCCAGCACUGGCACCCCGUCGCCGUGACCGCGCGGGGCGACCGGCUCGCCGGCCAGGGUGAGAUGGGCGGCGUGUGGGAGUGGACCAGCACGACGCUGGCCCAGCACGAGGGGUUCGAGCCCAUGGCGCUGUACCCCGGGUAUACUGGUACGUUCCUUUUGUCUCGUGGUGAUUCUCUAUCUCCCCCCCCCACCGUGAGCGAGAGGGCAUGA